AUCGGUUACUAAUUAUUGUCUUGAAUUUCUAAAACAACUAUUAAUUUUACCAAAAAUGACUCUUAUUUAGGGACGGAGGGAGUAACUUUCACAGCUCUAACUCCCUUAAAAGAAAAAAAAGAAAAAAAAAUCGAAUUAUCCCUAAAUAGAAAAAACAUAAAUGAAGAAAUUACUCAAAUUAAGACACAUAACAAUGGGCUCGACGGUCACUUUACAUAAACAUUUUAUUCUUCUCCCUUCAUUUUUCCCAAAGCAAAAAAAAUAAAAUCCCCUUUUUAGCCUUCCAUUCUCCCUCUUUCAUUUCCCCACCAAUCCUCGCCGUAAUGCCGCCGGAAAACCACGUCAUCACCACCGUGCUCCUCCUGUUUCUCAUUCCAGCCACCGCUGCCGCCGCCGCAAAAUUCCGUGAAGCACCAGCAUUCCGUAACGGGCAAAACUGCCCAAAAAACACACCACCAAUCCACAUAGCAAUGACCUUAGACUACACAUCCCCUUACCUACGUGGCUCAAUCGCAGCCGUCCUUUCCGUACUCCAACACGCCACGUGUCCUGAAAACACAUUCUUCCACUUCUUAGCUGUGCACCAUCACUCCAACAACCUCAACAAAACAAUUACCUCAACUUUCCCUUACCUUAAUUUCACCGUAUCUCACUUUAACCCUACAUUAGUACGUCACUUAAUCUCCUCGUCAAUUCGACGUGCACUUGAUCAGCCCUUAAAUUACGCCAGGAUUUACCUAGCGGAUUUACUGCCUCUAACGGUAAAUAGGAUUAUUUACCUUGAUUCUGAUCUUAUUGUUGUUGAUGACGUGGCUAAGUUGUGGGAUAUUGAACUUGAAGGACGUGUUUUGGGUGCACCUGAAUAUUGUCAUGCUAAUUUCACUCAUUAUUUUACACAUAAGUUUUGGUUUCAUCCCACAUUUUCGAAUGUGUUUGAGAAUAGAAGUCCGUGUUAUUUUAAUACUGGGGUUAUGGUUAUUGACUUGCAAAAAUGGAGAAAUGAUGGCUAUACGCGUAAACUUGAGCAUUGGAUGAGAGUUCAAAAGAGAUACAGAAUCUACGAACUAGGUUCAUUGCCGCCAUUUCUACUAGUAUUCGCCGGAAAUGUAAAGCAAGUGGAGCACAGAUGGAACCAACAUGGGCUAGGUGGUGAUAAUCUUGAAGGACAGUGUAGGGAUUUACAUCCAGGCCCAGUGAGCUUAUUACAUUGGAGUGGAAAAGGGAAGCCAUGGCUAAGAUUGGACUCAAAGAAACCAUGCCCUUUGGAUAGCUUAUGGGCACCCUACGAUUUGUUCCGACAUGAAUCACUGUUUUCGGAUAGCUGAAUAAUGCAGGAGACUCGAAUCCGAAACCUCUAAUUAAGUAUUUUUUGCUAGGCGUGAUUUUAUUUUCAGAACUCGAACUCGAACUCACUCGAACUCGAACUCGAAAUCGUUAGUUAAGAAUGAGUGAAUACUCGUCAUGGACCACAAUGUAUGAUGGUGGUAGAAUAAUUGUUUAGAGUGAGCUGGAGACAGUGAUACUUAGUUUGUAAAAAGACGAAUGAGGACAAAGGUAUAUAGGAUAGGGUGAUGUGGGGGGGGAGGGUACUGUUGGGAUCCAGUGCAGAAAGAAUCACCUUUGUUAUUGGUGGGGUUAAAGAGAAUUUUAACAGUUGGAUUGAGGUAAAUGGUGGAUUUACCAAAGUGGGGUCAUAUGGGGAUGGCGUGGAGGUUUUUGAUUGGUGGAUGGGAACUUGAUAAUGGGAUUUUUGGAAGGAAGUGAAUGGAUUAAUGGGAGGAUAGAGUGUUGCUUUCAUAGAUGUUUUUUGUUGUUUGGAUGAUUUAUAUGGACUUUUUACCUACUUCAAUUAUUUGCCUCUUUUUUUUUCUUUUUUUUCUUUUCCUUUGGGCUGUCAUUCAUAAAUCAUGAAAAUUUGUUGUUUGACUCUUUGAUUGAAUUUCUUUAUAUCUUAUUUUUAUGGUCCACAUCAAAUCC